AUGGCGAGUGUUACGCGCAUGCUAUAUAGUUUAUGGAUCACUUUGUUUCUCUGCCUUUCUGCUGUCGGCGAAUCAUCGGUCUCGACCCAAUGGCCGCUCAAGGAUGAUGGGCUGAACAAAGUAGUCCAAUGGGACCACUACAGCUUCCAAGUCAAUAGCCAACGCAUCUUCGUCUUCUCGGGAGAAUUUCAUUACUGGCGCAUCCCAGUCCCAGACCUGUGGCGCGACAUUCUUGAGAAAAUCAAAGCAGCAGGCUUCACGGCUUUUGCAUUUUAUUCCAGCUGGGCCUACCAUGCGCCGAACAACCACACACUUGACUUCGAAACCGGCGCUCACAACUUCGUCCCUCUUUUCGAGCUUGCCAAAGAGCUGGGGUUAUACAUCAUUGUCCGUCCGGGUCCAUAUGUCAACGCCGAAGCCAAUGCCGGUGGUUUCCCACUUUGGCUCACGACCGGCGAAUACGGGACUCUGCGCAACAAUGACACACGAUACACAAAGGCGUGGACCCCGUACUUCACCAAGAUGUCCGAGAUUACCAGCAAAUACCAGGUAACUGAUGGCGAGAACUCCAUCGUCUAUCAGAUUGAAAAUGAGUAUGGAUCCCAAUGGGAGGGCAGUGCGACGGACAAGAUUGCCAACGAAACUGCCAUUCACUACAUGGAGCUUCUGGAGGCUAAUGCGCGGGCCAAUGGAAUUGUCAUUCCACUCACAUCCAAUGAUCCGAACAUGAAUUCGCAUUCUUGGGGAAGCGAUUGGUCCAAUGAAGGCGGCAAUGUCGACGUUGCUGGUGUUGAUUCUUAUCCGUCGUGCUGGACCUGCGACCUUAGCCAAUGUACCGCCACGAACGGCGAAUACAUCGCGUUCUCGGUAAUGGACUACUACGAUUACUUCCAGGAAUCACAACCCUCCAUGCCAGGCUUCAUGCCUGAGUUCCAGGGCGGUUCUUACAACCCUUGGGGCGGACCAGAAGGUGGCUGCGCUGAGAACUCGGACGCAGACUUCGCCAACUUGUUCUACCGCUGGAAUAUCGGACAGCGAGUCACAGCAAUGAGCUUGUACAUGUUGUUCGGAGGAACGAACUGGGGAUCUAUCGCUGCGCCGGUGACGGCGACUAGUUACGAUUACUCGGCGCCUAUCUCGGAAGAUCGAUCGAUCGGAUCGAAAUAUUACGAAACAAAGGUCCUAGCACUUUUCACCCGCUCCGCAAAGGAUCUUACUGUGACUGAUCUGAUUGGAAAUGGUACUCAGUAUACGGACAAUGCUGCUAUUCGAGCUUAUGAAUUGCGGAACCCGGAGACAAAUGCUGGUUUCUAUGCGACAUUCCAUCUCAACACCUCGGUCUCUACAAAUGAAGCAUUUCACCUAAAGGUCAACACUUCUGUCGGAGCUCUGACUAUCCCGAGACAUGGUGGAAAGCUCAGGCUUAAUGGCCAUCAGUCUAAGAUCAUUGUCACCGAUUUCAACUUUGGUUCUAACAAGCUUAUUUACUCGACUGCAGAAGUCUUGACCUACUCCAUCCUCGAUAAGACCCCGACCCUGGCUCUCUGGGUCCCUACCGGCGAGUCUGGAGAAUUCUCUAUCAAGGGCGCGAAGAAGGGUACGGUCAAGCAGUGUGAUGGAUGCUCGGGAGUCAAGUUUUGGAAAGAGAACGGCGGUCUCACAGUUGCCUUUACGCAGUCAUCUGGAAUGACCAUCGUGGAGCUUGGUAACGGUGUCCGUGUUGUUUUGCUUGACCGAACAGGAGCAUAUAAAUUCUGGGCACCAGCUCUGACGAAUGAUCCUUUGGUCCCAGACACAGAGAGUGUCCUUAUUGAAGGUCCCUACCUUGUCCGCGGUGCCAGUAUUUCUGGAAAGAAGCUUGCUGUGACCGGUGAUGUUGUCAACGCUACCACACUGGAAGUCUUCGCGCCAAAGGCUGUUACUUCCAUCACCUGGAACGGAAAGGCAGUGAAAACCCAACGUACUGAGUAUGGAAGUCUCAAGGGUCAGCUUUCUGCACCUAACUCGGUCACCUUACCGAAAUUUGGAACAUGGAAAUCAAAGGACAGUCUCCCAGAGAGAUCCACCCAGUAUGAUGACUCUGGAGCGGCUUGGGUUGCUGCGGAUCAUAUGACAACUUUGAAUCCCAGAACUCCCACGACACUCCCUGUGCUAUACGCUGAUGAAUAUGGGUUCCACAACGGUAUCCGUCUGUGGCGUGGAUACUUCAACGGCACUGCAACUGGCGCCUUCAUCAAUGUCCAAGGAGGAAAUGCUUUCGGUUGGUCUGCAUGGUUGAACGGCAAAUUCCUAGACUCCUUCCUCGGCGAUGCCAGCCUCGAACAAGCAAAUCUCACCCUUUCCUUCCCGAAAGCAACCCUCAGCACCGACAAGCCCAACGUCCUUCUCAUUGUUCAAGACGACACCGGCCACGAUCAGACAACCGGUACCUUGAACCCUCGUGGUAUUCUCGAAUCUCGUCUCAUCGGCUCUUCCUCCGGCUUCUCGCACUGGCGGAUAGCCGGUACAGCAGGUGGAGAGUCGAAUAUCGACCCUGUCCGCGGUAGCUGGAACGAAGAUGGAUUAUACGCCGAGCGAGUCGGAUGGCAUCUACCUGGAUUCGACGACUCAAACUGGAAAAAGGUUUCUGCUAAAAAGAGCAGCUCCACCUCCAUUUUAAGCGUCGAAGGUGCCACAGUCGAAUUCUUCCGAACGACCGUCCCACUCGACCUCCCCUCUAACAAGGAUAUUUCCAUCUCCUUCGUUUUAUCCACCCCAUCUACCUCCAGCAAGGCCUAUCGCGUGCAGCUAUUCGUGAACGGAUAUCAGUACGGCCGAUACUACCCCUACAUCGGGAACCAGAUUGAGUACCCUGUUCCAGCAGGAAUCCUAAAUUACAAGGGCACAAAUACGAUUUCCGUUGCUGUCUGGGCCCAGACCGAGGAGGGUGCCAGUGUCGGUCUUGAUUGGAAGGUAAACUAUGUUGCCGAUAGCUCGUUGGAUACAAGGAAUGUUGGCAGCAAGGAUUUGAGACCCGAGUGGACAAAGUCGAGGAACCAGUAUGCCUGA